AUGCCGUGCCAGGCGGUGAGAGGCGCCGACCGUUGGCAACCAACCAUGGGCGUGGUGGAGGAGCGGUAUGGCCGGCCGCUUGCAGCGACUGCGGAGCUCGCGGAGCUCUGCCGUGCGUCGGAACGUCGGUCAUGGAGAACACCAUUUCGCUGUGUAGUGGAUCAAGCUGGCACUGUGCGAAGAGGCCUUCGCCAGCCCUCCGGCGUGGCCACCGCCUUCCCGACCUGGAGCAACCGGUGGCUCGGCAAGCGUCCAUCCUCCCUCGUGGUCGACGGCCCGGACGGCGUCGGUUUGAGGAGGCAUGGAUGCGCCCGUGUCAUCCUUGAAGCAUCCCAGGUCUGA